UUGUGGUGCACUAGUAAGAGUAUUUCAACCUCAAUAAGAAGUUUCGGGUUUGAGCUUGGGAUAUUGAGAAAAUCUUAUUGGGAACAUCACCCCAAAUGGUCAUGGUAGAGCGCAAUUCAGAUAUAGUCAGAGCUCUAACAUGGGAUCCGGACAUCGGAUGGAAAACCAAAAAAAGUAUAAAAUUCACAUAUUAUCGAAUUUAGUCUAAGCUCCAAUGUGGUCUCCGAAGGCAAAAUGAGAAACCAAAAAUAAAAUCCAUAUACUAUUUGAUGCUUUGGUGGUCUUACUCUUGAGCCACAUACAAACAGGUAGAGAAAUCAGAAUGAACAUGAAAUUUGGAUUUUUAACUGUCAAUGGAUUGGAAGAUAUGUUUAUAGCUGUGUUGAAAAACUGCAAGAGCUCAAUUUUUUUGAAGAAAAUUCAUGCCCAAAUUGUCAAAUUUUCUCUUACACAAAGUAGUUACUUGGUCACCAAAAUGGUUGAGAUUUGUGACAAAAUUGGAGAGAUAGAAUAUGCAAAUUUGCUAUUCAAACAAGUUGAACAUCCAAAUAACUAUUUAUACAACUCAACAAUCAGAGCUUAUACACAUAAACAUAGAUAUAUUUCAUGUAUCAAUGUAUAUAAGCAGAUGAUGACAUGUGCAAUUUCUCCCGAUGAAUAUACGUAUCCAUUUGUUAUUAGAUCAUGUAGUGCAAUUUUGCGUGUUGAUGUAGGUGAACAGUUUCAUGUUCACGUAUGCAAAUUUGGACUGUAUUGUAGUAAUGUGAUAGCGAAUUCGUUAUUGGAUAUGUAUGUUAAAUGUGAUCAAAUGAGGGAUGCACAUAUGGUGUUUGAUGAAAUGUCUGAUAGAGAUGUGAUUUCGUGGAAUAGUUUAAUUUGUGGACAUGUAAGGUUGCGUCAAGUGAGGAAGGCGAGAGCAUUGUUUGAUGUAAUGCCGGAUAAGAGUAUUGUUUCUUGGACUGCUAUGAUUUCAGGGUACACGAAAACGGGGUGUUAUGGAGAUGCUUUGGAUGUUUUUAGGAGAAUGCAAAUGGUUGGUGUGAAACCAGAUUGGAUUAGUUUGGUUUCGGUUUUGCCUGCUUGUGCGCAACUUGGAGCGCUUGAGUUAGGGAAGUGGAUUCAUUUCUACGCGGAGAAGUAUGGGUAUUUGAGGAAGACUUCUGUUUGUAAUGCGUUGAUGGAAAUGUACGCGAAAUGUGGAAGUGUAAACGAGGCUUGGCAGUUGUUUAAUCAGAUGUCUGAAAGAGACGUGAUCUCCUGGAGUACGAUGAUUGGUGGCCUAGCGAAUCAUGGUAGAGCUCAAGAAGCGUUGAAGUUGUUUCAUGAAAUGCAGAGGUCUGCUGUUGAACCGAAUGAGAUCACGUUCGUUGGUCUUCUAUGUGCUUGCGCGCAUGCUGGUCUUUGUGAUGACGGUUUGAGGUACUUUGAUUCCAUGAAAAAUGAUUACAACAUAGAGCCCGGGAUAGAGCAUUACGGUUGUUUGGUUGAUAUUCUUGGGCGUACAGGACGUCUUGAACGAGCUCUUGCAAUCAUCAAGACCAUGCCGGUUAAGCCUGACUCUGCAAUAUGGGGUUCUCUGUUGAGUUCUUGCAGAACUCAUCGCAAUCUUGAAAUAGCAGUUAUUGCAAUGGAACAUCUGUUAGAGCUCGAACCUGAAGAUACAGGGAACUACAUUCUACUCGCUAACAUUUAUGCAGAUCUCGGGAAGUGGGAUGGUGUAUCAAGGAUGCGGAAGUUCAUUAGAAGUAAAAGCAUGAAGAAAACACCGGGCUGCAGUCUGAUUGAGAUAAACAGUUUGGUCCAAGAAUUUCUAUCAGGUGAUAAUUCGAAACCAUUCUCAAAAGAUAUCCAUGAUGUGCUAGAGCUAUUAGCCUUACAUCAAAGCAAGGAAAAUGAUCUAGUUGAUACAACGCUCGAGUACUUGAGUCCAUGAAUAUAUCGAGAAGAAGUUGUCAUUCUGAGUGCACCCGCUCUUUUCUUGUUCAAGUUUUUAGCGCAUUCGUUAUGUGUGGAAGUUCCAGGAGGAGUAAUUCAGAUUUUGUGGGAUAAGCAAAGACGGGACGAUGAACUAGAAAGCACAUAUGUGAGCCUGGAAGUCUAGGCCAGACACACAACAGAGUUCGAUGCCUGAAAUGAGAUUCUACGAAUACAAAUUUCACUGAUUUCGCUGGCAUUGGUGACAAAGGUCAUUGUCGACAUGUCUGCUUGCCCCUGUGAAUGCAUCAUCAAUCAUCUCACCUAUUGACCUAUCAAUGACAAUGUGUUGAUCUUCUGGUUCUUACUUGUCUAUGUUCUAUCACUCUGCAUGAUUUCCGAGCCUCUGAUCGAUGUUAUUCUUAUAAAAAAAGGCGAUAAGGGCAUUUUCGGAAGUGAAAUGAAGCUGUUGCCAGAGAAAUAUAAAUCACCAUAAGAGGAAUCUAUAUAGGUUGCUGAAGCUUAAUCCACAGAAGGUCACUCUAGACUGACUUAGAUGCAUCCAACAUAAGUUUUGUUUUAUUGUAAAACAAAUUAUUACUGUUGUUCCCGUUUAUCUGAUACUAUUUCCGUUUUA